AUGACAUCCGUCCUCUCUGCUCUUCUCUGCCUCGGGCUGAGUCUGGGCCAGAUCAUCCAUGUGAAGGCAGGGACUCUCCACAAACCCACUCUAUCAGCUGAGCCAGGCCCUGUGGUCUCUUAUGGGAGUUCUGUGACCCUCUGGUGUCAGGGGACCCUGGAGGCCCAGAUGUUUCAUCUGUACAAGGAUGGAAAACCUGUGGUUUGGAACACACCGAGCCGAAUGAAGCCCGAGGUCACGGGCCAGUUCUCCAUCACACGCAUGGCAGAGCAUAAUGCAGGGAUGUAUCGCUGUAACUACCUCAGCCCCACUGGCUGGACAGGGCACAGUGACCCCCUGGAGCUAGUGGUGACAGGAUACUACCAUGAGCCCAACCUCUCAGCCCUGCCCAGCCCUGUUGUGACCUCGGGAGGAAAUGUGACCCUUGAGUGUAGCUCAUGGCAGGGAUUUCACAGGUUCAUCCUGGCUAAGGAAGGAGAUCACAGGCUCUCCUGGAUGCAGGACACACAGCCACGGCCCAGAGAACCAUCAUGGGCAAAAUUCUCUGUGGGCCCUGUGACACCCAGCCACAGGUGGACCUUGAGAUGCUAUGGCUGCUACAGAGAGAGCCUGCAGGUGUGGUCACCACCCAGUGAUGCCCUGGAGCUCGUGGUCUCAGGUGAGUCUGGGAAGCCCUCCCUUCUGAGCCAGCAGGGCCCCAUCGUGGCCUCUGGACAGAGCCUGACCAUCCAAUGUCGCUCUGAUGUCGGCUAUGACAGAUUCGCUCUGCACAAGGAAGGGGGACAGGACCUCUCCCAGAGCAUCGUCCUGCAGCCCCAGGGUGGGCUCUCUAUGGCCCACUUUCCCCUGGGCACUGUGAAUAGCUCCCACGGGGGCCGGUACAGAUGCUACGGUGGAUACAAGCUCUCCUCUGAGUGGUCGGCCCCCAGCGACCCCCUGGACAUCCUAGUGGCAGGACACCUGCCUGACAGACCCUUCCUCUCAGUGCAGCCAGGCCACAAUUUGGCCUCAGGAGAGAACGUGACCAUGCUGUGUCAGUCACAGAGCCCGAGGGACACAUUUCUUCUGUCCAAGGAAGGAGUAGCCAAUCCUCCCCUAUGUCUGAUAUCAAAGCACUCAGCUGAGCAGAAUCAGGCAGAGUUCUCCAUGAGUCCUGUGACCUCAGCCCACAAGGGGACCUACAGGUGCUACAGCUCACAUAGCACCUCCUCUUUCCUGCUGUCACUCCCCAGUGACCCCGUGGAACUUUUGGUCUCAGACUACACGGUGGGGAAUUCCAUCCGGAUGGGCGUGGCAGGCGUGGUCCUGGUGGUGCUUGGGGUACUGCUAUUUGAGGCUCAAAACAGCCUGAGAAGAACCCAGGACAUGA